GUGCAGAACGGAAGACGUCCGACUUUCAACGGCCGCCAUUGGAAAAGUUCCUGACAACUGCCACACCUGUUGCUUCUAGGUUCUUGUUGCACAGGGGAGUACUUGGCCAGCCCGAUGGACAUUACAGAGGAAAAUAUCUCCCGAAUGGACAUGCUGGAGAAAAUCGCUGAGCUGGAUUACAGCCAGAGUCAGCUGAGGGAACUGAACACUGAGAUGAGGCACUGGCUGGAUGUUGCCGAUGACGACAUGGCAGUGCUGCGCUCAGAGAAUGCCAGCCUCAGGAAACAAGUGAAAGACCUGGAGAGGAUCUUCAGUGAGCUUCAACAGGUUGAAGUUGAACCUAGUGGGCCUCUGUUGCCCGAUGGCCUGGAUGAAAAUAAAAUCUGUGAAAAGAAGAUCCAGGAUUUGGAGCAGGAAACAUUAAAGGUCCAGGAAGAAAAUAAGGAGCUAAUCAUCAAGAUGAAGAUCCUUAAACAAGAACAAGAGCAAGACAAGAUCGCUUUAAACAAGCUCAGGACUGAAUUUGAAAAUCUUGAGAUUGGAGUGGAGGAGGUUCAACUAGAGCUGCAGCGAAGGGAUGAGCUGAUUCAUCAGAAAAACUCGCAGUUAAAGCACCUGGAGGAAACCGUGGAGGAAUAUUCAGAAGUCAUAAAGGACCUCAGGCUGACGAAGCAGGAGCUGAUCUACCAGCUGGAGGAGAGACGAGACGAGGCUUCAUUUGCUGCUGUGACUGAGGCGAUGAGAGAGGAGGGGAGACAGCCCAAUCCUCACCUGUCCAUAGCAGAGGAAAUCCACCAGCUCUUCUCAUCUGCUGGAAUGAAUUUCUGCACAAAUGAGACCAUGGAUUCCAUCUCUGAGGCGUCUGAUCUGGACAACAAUAUGGAGUCUGGUGAGAAGGAGCAGCUGGAAUCUUCCAUUCUUGCAACUAACCUCCAACCCAAACGUGGAAGCAGGUGUGCUGCUAUCUUGAGGGCCACCAUCCGGAAGCUGAUCAUGCUGUGUCUCUUCAGCGUGUGUGUUUUGGUCUUUAUAUUAUGUGGAUUUUGGGUUCGAAACGCUGGCAACUUUUUCAGCAACAGUUUGAUAAUGUUACCACCCUACGUCAGCGUCCAAUAUGAGGCAUUACCUCCCAUUUAAUCUAUCCUCGACCUGUUUCAGCUUGGAUCUCAGGUUCUGGUAAACAGCAGGAAUUUGACUUGAAGAACCUCUGUACAUGUAUGCUAAGCUAUAUUUACACAAAAGUAAAGUUGCAAAAUGGUCA